CGGGCAUUGGCUGUUGCGGAGGGGAGCGUCGGCGGGGCGGGGCCGGGCCCGCCCCAGGCCCCCGGGCAUUGGCUGGUGCUGCGGCCGGGGACACGUGGUGCGGAACCGGCGCGAAUCUGCGAAGUCUGAAGUCUGCCUGAAAGAUGUCAGCCCUCAAAGCCAUCUUCCAGUACAUCGAUGAAAACCAGGACCGCUAUGUCAAGAAACUUGCAGAAUGGGUGGCCAUCCAGAGCGUGUCCGCCUGGCCCGAGAAGAGAGGGGAGAUCAAAAGGAUGAUGGAGGUGGCUGCUGCAGAUGUCCAGAUGCUCGGGGGCUCCGUGGAGCUGGUGGAUAUCGGCAAGCAGAAGCUCCCGGAUGGCUCGGAGAUCCCCCUUCCUCCCAUUCUGUUGGGUAAACUGGGCAACGAUCCCCAGAAGAAAACAGUGUGCAUUUACGGGCAUCUGGAUGUGCAGCCUGCGGCCCUGGAGGAUGGCUGGGAUAGCGAGCCCUUCACCCUGGUGGAGCGGGACGGCAAGUUGUAUGGGAGAGGCUCAACGGACGAUAAGGGACCAGUGGCCGGAUGGAUGAAUGCCCUGGAAGCCUAUCAGAAGACUGGCCAGGAGAUUCCUGUCAACCUGCGAUUCUGCCUGGAAGGCAUGGAGGAAUCUGGCUCCGAAGGCCUGGACGAGUUGAUUUUUGCCCAGAAAGACAAGUUCUUCAAAGAUGUGGACUACGUGUGCAUUUCAGACAACUACUGGCUGGGGAAGAGUAAGCCGUGCAUCACGUACGGCCUCCGAGGCAUCUGCUACUUCUUCAUUGAGGUGGAAUGCAGCGACAAAGACCUCCAUUCUGGGGUGUAUGGCGGCUCAGUGCACGAAGCCAUGACAGAUCUCAUUUCACUGAUGGGCUGCCUGAUAGACAAGAAGGGGAAGAUCCUCAUCCCUGGCAUCAACGACGCCGUGGCUCCUGUGACGGAAGAAGAGUGCAAGCUCUAUGACCACAUCGACUUCAACAUGGAGGAGUUCGCCAAGGACGUGGGGGCUGAGACCCUUCUGCACAGCUGCAAGAAAGACAUCCUGAUGCACAGAUGGAGGUAUCCGUCCCUCUCCCUCCAUGGCAUUGAAGGGGCCUUCUCCGGUUCGGGGGCCAAGACUGUGAUCCCCAGGAAAGUGGUGGGCAAGUUCUCCAUCAGGCUGGUGCCCGACAUGAUACCUGAAGUUGUUAGCGAGCAGGUUUCAAGCUACUUGUCAAAAAAGUUUGCUGAACUGCACAGCCCCAACAAGUUCAAGGUGUACAUGGGCCACGGUGGGAAGCCCUGGGUAUCAGACUUCAACCAUCCUCACUACCAGGCGGGGAGAAGAGCCCUGAAAACAGUGUUUGGUGUUGAACCUGACUUGACCAGGGAAGGUGGCAGUAUUCCUGUGACCCUGACCUUUCAGGAGGCCACAGGCAAAAACGUCAUGCUGUUACCCGUGGGGUCAGCAGAUGACGGUGCCCACUCCCAGAAUGAAAAGCUGAACAGGCACAACUACAUAGAAGGGACCAAGAUGCUGGCAGCAUACCUGUAUGAGGUGUCUCAGCUGAAGAACUGAAGUCUCGUUUUCCAUGGAGUGCUGUGCCUGCC